UUGCAAAACAUGGCAAAGCAGAAGAAGACAACAAAGGUCGGCCCGCAACCAGCAGCAUCUGCGAGUCCUCAACUUGGUCUCGCAUCACCGAGCAAUAAGUCCCAACCAGAACCGUCCCCUGCACCUUUAACUGAGUUUGCUCAAUUUCGCGUUCUUCCUAUCACUGUCCGACCCCUCUCCGUCUCCGACGAACAUCUUUCCUCCUUUAGCUACCAUGCCAAGACGACCACUACGAGCCGCUCGGUGAUGCAUUAUCUAUUUAUCCGCGCCCAUGAAUCCAAGAAACCAGAAGCAAAUCUGCCAAAUGGUCGAACGCUUUUUGUCGUGAACAUACCUGUUGAUGCAACUGAAAGACACUUUAGACGUCUGUUCAGACGAUGCGGUAAUAUUGAGCGAGUAGUAUUGAAAGACCGGCAUUCUGGGAUGCAAGAGCGAGUACUGGAAACGGGAGCUCAAGCUCAUAUUGUGUUUGUAGAGGAAGCCGCCGUAACUAAGGCUAUGGCGAUGAAAUCUAGAAAAAGAGUAUGGUCGGAUGAAUUAGAGGAGGGAAAUGACGCAGAAGGGGAUGCGCAGGAAGGGGAGUCAUGCACAGCAACGUCGCUGCCACGACCUGUCGGCUUGGCAAAAUGGCUAAAACAGCAUUUCGCUAGUCGACCACGAUUAGAAGAUUUGCAGAGAGCAGUUGACACGUCACUGGUAGCAUUCGAAGAUGCGGAACGGGAAGCACGCAUAGCUGCGGAAGGCCGACGCAACGUGCCAGAUGAGGACGGCUUUGUAACCGUGAUUCGCGGUCGCGGACGUCGUAAUGUUAAUUUGGACGGACAGGGUGCCUCUGUUACUGCAGCUCGACCGGAAGAAAUCAAGAAGCUGAAGCCUAAAAAGAAAGAGCUGGUGGACUUUUAUAGAUUUCAGAUGCGAGAGACAAAGCGAAACCAACUUGCUGAACUUCGUCGAAAAUUUGAAGAGGAUAAGCUGCGUAUUGCAUCUUUGAAGGCAAACAGGCGGUUUAAACCAUACUAGGGUCGUAUUAGAGCAGUGGAUCGAGUGAUCGUUACAGUUGCAACACCUCUAUCAUUCUCCUUCCCGUCGCCAUCUUAACGCGAUUGUUUCGUGAUUCUUGGACGCUGAAUGUGAUCGUGAUUGUGAGCAUUGUAUUAUAUAAUUCUGCUUAUGAAGGCAAUAUCAUCAAUGUGUCUGCAUAGGGGGGCAGAUUCUAUGCUUGCUGUGCGCAGAUAUGCAGACCAGGAGAUGAUUCAAGUCUUGAGAGUUUAAUAUAACCACAUUUGGUUAUAUUGCGUAUGAUUUCGUAGACUGUAAAUACUGGAGUUUUUAG